AUGCAAGCAAGAGCAGCAGACGCAGUGAGAAGGUCAUUUUGGGGCUUAUCUUCAGCCUGUCGCUUUUCCCACAAACGAAGGUUUUGCUCUGCCACUCGUAGCCGCACCGCAGAUCCUGCCAUCCAUUCUGGAGAACUAGAAGCUGGUCCCGCCGUUCACAAAGGACAACCCCAAGGUACGAGUACAAAUGAUAGUGGCAAGUUUGACGAAACCGAUCAUGUACCCAGUAAAGAAAACGGGGUUUUUACGUCUUCAAAAUCUGCAUGUGACCCUUCCCUGAAACUGAAGAGCGCGGGGGUGAAUCAGCGAUUGGACCCAAGCAUUCAGCAAAAGCGGAGAAAUGGGUCAAAAGCUUUUGAAGCGGCGAGUUGUGCUGGUUUUGAUGGAACUCCAUUGCCAGAGGAUAAACGGAGAGAAGACGAUAGAGAUUAUUAUAAACAUCACAAAGCGUCGCCGUUGUCGGAGUUAGAGUUUGUGGAUUCCCGAAAGCCCAUUUCUCGAGCUUCGGAUAAGACGGCGGAUUCUGGAAGAGGUGGGGAUGUCAUUGGGUGGCUGCCGGAGCAACUCGAGACGGCGGAGGAAACUUUGUUGAGGGCUGCUGAGAUGUGGCGGCAAAAAGCCAUGCGUGGUGACCCUGAUGCGCCUCAUUCAAGGGUUCUCAGAGCUCUUCGUGGCGAAGACUUUUGA